GAGGACCGACACUUCCCAGCUCACGAUUAAAUUGAAGGUUGAACCUAGAUACCAAGAGCAAUUUAAUAGGUAACCAUUCGUCGACAUGUCAGCCAUUCGGUCGGCCAUAGGAUCCGAAUGAAUCAGGAGUUCGCUUGCCAAAAGCCAGUGGAAUUAACAGAACACCAACUCAAGUAUCAACCUGAGCGAACCUUGUUCCAGCGUGAGGUCACCUGGCUGGUUCUCUACAGAAUAUAUCCAGCGCGAAGCCAGUGCAGACCAUUGUGGAGUACUCUACAUUUCAAGCAUCCUGGGCUGAAGAAGGAACAACGACCACGCCAUGGAGAAAGCCAAGUAUCGUUGUCGAACUGUCCACCCUCUUACUUGCGAUGCCAUGGUCUUCACCGGACUUAUCGUGGACGCGCAUCUAGAUGAAGUCGUGUUGAGGCAUACGGCAGCUCAGCUGGUAAAAGCACAGGGCCGCCCGUAUACACUUUCCACUGGCUCGACUGUUGACUUUGCAAGUCGGACGCUUCCCAAAGGUGCAGCAUCCUGGAAACAUGGCGUGCUCCAGUCUAGAGAAUGCAACCAACCGACGAUUAUUGACGCCCUCGACCCUGAAGAACUGGAUGUUGCUUUCAUCUUCAAUGUACCUGCCAGACCUGCGAAUGUCUUCCUCGUCCGCGUUACGAUUCUCCAGGACGCCACCCUACUUUGCUUUGGCAUCAGCCAUCAUCUGGCCGACGGCACUGCCGCCUACGACGUAAUUCGGGCCUAUUGUGACCUGCUCGCGGGUCGGCCUAUCACAUCUCCGCUACUACCACCCGAUGCUUGUGGUCACCGAAUGUCCGACCGAGUGAUACUCAACGACCCGCAGGAAAGGUCGGUUCGAUCCAUAACCUAUGCCGAACAUCUGUCCAACUUCACCACUGGGUUCUGGCCGAUUCUACUACUGAUAGCCAGAGUAAUCUGGUGUCUACUGCUGCGCAAGCUAUGUCUGCAGGAAACCUUGGAGGAACGGUACAUUUACCUGCCAGACGACUGGGUAGGCGCCAUGCACAAACGAGCACUCUCUGCUUUCGCCGCCACACCUGUGGGUGCCCAGCCGACCAGGAACAAUGUCAUUAAUGCAUGGUUUCUCAAAACGGUCUAUGGUCCCCUCCCGAGCAGUCGAGCUGAGAUGUAUUUCUAUGGUCCGCUCAGUUAUCGGUGUGUGGUUGAACCUCCCCAGCCAGGGACGUAUUGGAUUCAUAACAGCAUCGGGCUAUUGCGGCACAAGCUGUCGGUGUCUCAGAUCCAGAAUGAGCCCGUAGCCAUGCUAGCAGGCAGGCUCCGUUUAGCCAGCUUGCGAUACACCUCUCCGGCGUCCAUCAAGGCGUUCCUGCGAAUGUGCGAGGAUCAUGCGUCACAACGGAUGUUGCCGCAAAUCCCCGCGAACGGAAGGAUGCCGAUGGUUAUGAUCACCACGUGGACAAGUUUCGAUUUCGCAUGCCUCGACUUUUCUGGGGCCGCAUGCGAUCAGGGCAAACCGGCCAGGGUUCUCUUCGUCCACCCCCUUGUACAGAGCCUGCGACAGGGAGUGUGGCCGUCAGCAUAUACGCUGAAAGGUGCACGGGAGGGUGGGUACUGGCUAAGAGCCUGGAACACUCCAUCGGUAUGGAAGAAGUUCAGUCAAAUGGCGGAUGUCGAUACUCUAUGAUAUUUCAGCUUGAUGAAAUCUAUGUUAGAUAGGUAUCGCCCCUAGAGAUCC